AUGAGUGCAGACAAGCAACUCGACAUCAAGACCGGCAGCAGCCAGGAUGGCCAGGGUAACGAUGUUAGCGAGGGCCAUGAGGUUUCUGCCUAUAUCGACCCGGUCAAGGAGGCUAAGAUGAUGCGAAAAUUCGACAUCUGGGCGAUCGGUGGCCUCGGAAUCCUGUACAUGAGCAACAUUGGAAACGCGCAGAUCGCCGGCCUCCCAGCAGACCUUGGUUUGACUGGCAACCAAUAUGGCACUGCUGUCACCCUUCUCUACGCUACAUAUGUGCCAUUCGAGGGGCCCGUUGCUAUUCUACUCAAGAUCAUUGGCCCCAAACACUUGCUCACCUUCUGUUGUCUCGCUUGGGGUAUCGUUUGCUUAGGCACCGGCUUCGUCCAUAACUGGCAAGGACUCUACGCUUGUCGUAUGCUUAUUGGCUUCUUUGAAGCUGGCCUCAUUCCUUGCAUCAAUGUUUACAUUGGGAUGGUGUACAAGAAGUCUGAAAGGGGCAAGAGAUCGUCUAUCAUCUUUGCCUUCAGUGCAAUUGCCAGCGCCUUCGGUGGCAUUUUCGCAUAUGCGUUGACUCAAAUCCGAACCGGAACAUACUUCUCGACAUGGAGAGCCCUCUUCAUCGUCGAAGGAUGCAUGACGAUUGUCAUCGCUCCGCUCUUCUGGCUGUUCUUCCCUGCCACAUCAAAGGACGCCUGGUUCCUGACGCCCGAGGAGAAGGAAAUGAUGAAACUUCGCUACGACUUGGAGCCAUCUUUUGGUAUUGAUGAAGAGUUCAGUUGGAAGGCUGUCAUUGAUGGCUUGAUCGAUCCCAAGUUCCAUCUCCACUGGAUCUUCCAGUUCGCUGUCGACAUCUCCCUAUACGGUUUCACAACAUUCCUCCCAGCCAUUGUCAAUGGCUUGGGUUACACUUCGGUUACCGCGAACCUGAUGACUGUUCCCAUCUACGUCUGGGGCCUUAUCACUUUCCUCUUCACAGCCUACAUGUCCGACAAGACUGGAAAUCGCGGAUACUGGAUCGGUGGUCCUCUUGUCUGCCUCAUCAUCGGAUACGCGUUGCUAAUUUCCGUUGAUAACUUGGGUGUCAGAUAUUUUGCCUGCUUCGUUGCUGUGAUGGGAAUUUACCCUACAACAGGAAUGAGUCUGAUGUGGCUCAGCGACAACGCCGCACAACACUUCAAGAGAGCCACCAUGGUUGGUGGUGCCCUGACCCUUGGCAACACUGCUGGAGUUGCAGUGGGUCAAAUCUUCGUCAGCUCGGACAAGCCCCGAUAUAUCCGGGGAUUGUCUAUCGCUAUGGGUCUCGCGGCAGUCGCAUUGGCGUGUGUUGCCGCUCUCAUGAUAGGAAUGCAUAUUGUAAACAAGAGGCGCGCAGAGAGAAUCAGGAAGGCGGAGGAAGAGGGGUCUCCUCUGCCGAGCAUCCCCGAGAAGGGAGACUUCGAUGUGUACUACAAGUACACUCUGUAA